AUGGUCGGGCAUGGGCCCCACCUCCCGCGCAUCCUCCUGAGCGACGUGUCGUGCAUGCGCAACGCCCAGCAGAUCCUCCGACACGUCAACGCCUCGAUCCACGACGGCGGGGCCCUCGUUCUCUCCGGAACUAACGGCUCCGGCAAAUCCACCUUUCUCCGCAUGCUUGCCGGCUUCAGCCGCCCCUCGGCUGGCCGGAUUCUCUGGGACGGCCACGACAUAACAGAUUCCGGCGUGUUCCACCAGUACAAGCUCCAGCUCAACUGGCUCUCCCUCAAGGACGCCAUAAAAGAAAAGUUCACCGUGCUCGACAAUGUCCAGUGGUUUGAGAUCCUCGAGGGCAAGCAAGGACGGUCAAUGGCUGCCAUCGAGUUAAUGGGCCUGGGCAGGCUGGCUAAGGAGAAGGCCCGUAUGCUGUCCAUGGGCCAGAGGAAGAGACUCCAGCUGGCGAGGCUGCUGGCCAUUGAUCGGCCGAUAUGGCUGCUGGAUGAGCCCUCGGUUGCGCUCGAUGAUGAAGGGGUCCGCCUGCUCGAGUUUGUUAUAAGGGAGCAUAGGAAGAAGGGCGGUAUCGUAAUUGUGGCCACGCAUCUGCCGAUCGAGAUGGAGGAUGCUAUGAUUCUAAGGCUGCCUCCGAGAUUCCCGAGGAGGAUGACUUUGGAGUUGGUGAUAGUGAGAGUGAAAAUAUGGGCUUUUGGCUUGUCGGGCACUCAUUUCUCGCUUAAUCCUGCCACGAAUAUGAUCAAUUGUGUGGAGGAUUCAGGUUUUGUGCUGUCUUCCAGCGAUGAUCCGCCUGAUAGAGCAUUUGUGAAGGUUUACAAGUCGGGAUCGUUUGGAAGGUCGCUCGACAUCAACAAGUUCAACAGCUACAACGAGCUGCGCAUGGAACUCAGGAAAAUGCAAAAACUGGGACCCGAGCUUCUAAACAAUGUCCCUCUUUUGAGCCAUCAAGAGUCGAGGAAUAUGAAUGCCGGCAUAAUUUCUGUCGGGAUUCUUGAUUUCUGA